AUGGCCGACUCGGCAAGCCAGAACUACUUCACCGCCCAUGUCUUGACCAACACUGGCUACGCCCUGAUCGUCGUCACAUCAGCCACCGUCAUCACACGUUUCUCCAUCCGCAUAUGGAAACGCAAGCCUCUCCAGGUCGAGGACCUCCUGGUUGGCGUGUCAUGGGCCUCCUUCCUCGCCCUCACCAUCAGUUACAUUGUGGUGACCCCGCCAAUGUACCACGUCUAUGCCGUGUACGGUGGCCAAGCUGCACCCUACCCGGAGAUAAUGGACGACGCCCUCUUCAUCGUUAAAGUCUUCUUCUACAGCACAAUGCUACUCUGGGUCACGCUCUGGGCCGUCAAGUUCUCGCUCCUUGCCCUAUAUCGACGCCUCAUGAACGGCUUGCGCACGUACAUCGUUCUGUGGUGGAUGCUAGUCGUGUUCUGUGCUCUGACCUUCAUUGGAGCCAUCAUAUCCAACCUUACAUCGUGCAGCAGCAUGCACGCAUGGUUCACACCUGGUUUGAACUACCUACCAGCCACUUUGCUCGGCCGAACACUCUCUGACCUCCCGUAUACAGGAGAAUGUGCAACGCCCCGCGACAUCAAAGCACAAAUCGCCAGUCUCUACUACGCCUUCGCCGUCGACGUUCUCACAGACCUUUUAGUAAUGGCCCUCCCCAUUCGCCUUAUCUGGAACCUCCAAAUGCCGCGCGCGGAAAAACUCGCCGUCGGCGCGCUCUUCUGCUCGGGCUUCGUCUGCAUCACCAUGGCGGUCCUGCGCGUCGUGCAGAUCGGCGUUAAAGCCAACAACAACACGACGCCCAGCUCAUCGUGGCUGGCGCUGUGGGCCGAGGUCGAGGCUGCCAUCGCCGUCUUCAUCGGCUGCUGCCCGGCCUUCGCUGCUUUUUACCGCACGACCAAGAGCGAGAGUAGGGGAUACUCGAGGCCGAAAGAUAAUAGGAGUGGAAAUAGUGAUCGGAGUGAAUUUGUUGCCGGGGGAGGGAGACAGAGGAGGAUUGGGAAGGAGGAGGAGGAGGGUGUGGCGUUGAGGGGGAUGACGGCGGCAUGUACGGCCGGGAGGAGUGCGGGUGGUGAAGGCGGAGGUGGGAGCAGCAGUGGUGGUGUGGGUGGCGGUGGUGGUGGGAGAGUGCCGAGGAGGGGAAGUGGGAAGACGGCGAGCACGUACUGGGACGAGGCGAACAGCUCGCAGGAAGAGCUGGCCAAGGGCGCGCAGGGCAUCUACGUAACGAGGAGUAUCCGGCAGGAUUCGGAGGAUAGUGGGGAGAGGGGCCCGAUGUGCUGA